AUGACCGCCUCCAACAUCUAUCGCCUGUCGGAUUUUGUGACUCUCAGAGUCACACACCACAAGAAGCCUACUGCCGACAACGGUUCUCGCGAUAUUCAACCCUUAAGGGAGGCAUGGGGACUACGCGCCGGUAUCUACACCCCAAAAAAACUAGUUGAUCACUUCGCACCUUUACUCAACACUGUCGUCUUCCACCUCGGCGAUAAAUCGCUUGCAGGCAAACCAGCUCGCACUUGUUUGCUGGAUAACCUCGCCGCGAACCUGGCGACAAACACCCGCGAGGCUACACUCCGGCUGUCCGAACCUCUCGAUGUCUCUCGACGGGAGAUGAACAAUCAGGCUGCCCGGAUCGGCGAGGCCCUGGUUGAAUGGGCCCGGGAGUCUAGCACCCAGUCCUUCGACCCGGACAUGUACCUCCGCAGCCCCUGUGAAGGCCAUCUGCUCACUCCCUCCAACGUGGAUCUCAUGUUUGGUGACCGCAGCCAACCUCACCUGAUGCAACUUUUCAACGAAUACAUGCACCAGAUGGUCCUGUUGCGCGAUGCACUUUUGCCUUUUCAGAACUAUCAGGAUGUCCUUAUCCCCGUCGGCCGCAAAGCAAGAGGCAUCCGUCAUUUGGAGUCGGCACGGAGCCAAUUCCUAGCUGACUUGUUGACCAGACAUACAACGCAGCGGAACGUCGUUACAUUUGCCAAGGCGUUCCUUGCGCCGGGGCUUCUUCAUUCGGAGAGUGUUGGAUACGGCUUUCAGUAUGCACAUGGCACUGUCCUACCCGCUUUUCUAUCAGGGGGGCCGACUCCUUUGCAUCUGCUGCAAUAUGUUCCGGUCCGAAUUGAUCACACCAAGACGGAUAUCGUGUUCGACUAUCGAUUCGAAGAUUAUUAUGCGGCACGUCGCACAGAGUUACCGACGGGCAUCAAUAGAGCCCUCUCAGAUCUGGCGAGAUUGCCCGUCCAGGGCGUCACCGCAAGAAAAGAAGCAACAGUUGCAAUGGCCGGCCAUUUGAAGUCCGGCGAGAACCGAAUUUUGGAAAUGUGCCUCGCGCUGAGCAAUGGCAAAUGUGUUUCAGUUGAUCUCGGCCAGAUCGCUCGCGGUCAUCGAUACUCGUACACGAUCGAAUAUCCCACGGCCAAUGGCUCUAUCCAUACAAACCGUGCUCGCUCCUUCCAUUCUGCAGUCAUCCACGACCCCGUCGACAUUCUCGAAGCAGCGGGCACUAGUCUCUUAACCACAAAGGAAGGAGGUGUUCAUGUCAUACCGACGCAGGAUCCGCUCGUCGCCCUGGCAAUCCUGGGCAAGCUAUACCCUGAAAAUGUAGUGCUUUUACCAAGUGAGGAGGAGCUGGAAGAGGCAGAUAAGGCCGGAAAGGGCUUUGAACCAAAGUUUGUGAUAUGGGGCGGCUCUCGGCCAGGGGGGAUAAAGGGGGUGUUUCACUGA